AUGGAACUCAGACAACGCGAAAUGGAGCCGCAAGAUCAGUUUGGUGCGAACACAAUGGCAAUGGAAGCUGAAGAAAGGCCCAGACAAGAAAGACAAAGAGAGCCAUCACCGCAACCUGGCCCAGCUGGUAAUCAAAGCAACCUCGACUUGGGAAUCUGGCAAGACCACCAAACAAUUGCCUUUUUUGUAAUGGGAACAUUGGGCAACGGAAAUCACGCAAUACAGUACCCUAUCGCAAAGAAGGCAACGUGUAACGGAAACCAACAAAUGCGAAAGGUGCUUAGGCAGGGGAGACCAUCUGGCAACGUCCUACCCCGCAACAUCAAGUUGCUUUUAUUGUAG